AUGAAUGAAGUGGAACAGACGAUCUUUACUCUUAUCAAUGAUCAUCGUGAAAACCAUGGCUUACCUUCACUUCAACCGUCUGCUAAUCUUGCUUUUGUUGCCCGUACGCAUGCAAUCGACCUUGUUGAAAAUGAACCUGAUGUCGAUGGUGGCAAUAUGCAUAGUUGGAGUGAUAAAGGUAACUGGAAACCGGUUCGAUAUACACGUGAUCAUGCACAAGCACACCUAAUGUGGAGUAAGCCAUCAGAAAUUAGUAAUUAUAAAUACACUGGUU